UAUUAAGACCUCACCUACUUAUACUACGCAACAACAGCUGCAGAGAGUAAGCUCGCAGUUGCAAAGCUCCAGAGAUCAGGCAGCAGCAAUGGCCAGCUCGGUUGCAAACACUACUAGUAGCAAGCGCCGCCGCCUCCUCCUGCUCCUCGCCGCCGCCGUGGCUCUGACGAUCCUGGCGCCGCCGCCUGUGUCGGCACUACGGCGCCGCGCUGUGCAUCUGACGGUGUACGUCCAGGAGAUCCUGGACGGGCCGGGGCAGACGGAGAAGCUGCUGAUCAAGGGCCCCGGCCCGGCGAACCCGUCCCUGUGGCCCCCGCACAACUACUUCGGCGACACGAUCGUGAUGGACGACCUCGUCACCGAGGCCGUCGCCAACAACUCCAAGCCCAUCGGCCGCGUGUACGGCAUCUACAUGACGGCCUCCAUGACCCGCCCGGUGUACACGGUGAGCUUCACGCUGCAUCUCACCGCGGGGCCCUACAACGGGAGCACGAUCGUGAUGGCCGGCAUCGACGACGACGACAUGGGGGUCAGGGAGCACGCCGUGGUGGGCGGCACCGGCGCGCUCCGGGGCGCCGAGGGCUACGUGUUUGGCAUCGUCAAGCCGUUUACGUCCUCGUACGUAGUGAUGGAGCUGGACAUUUACAUGACCGUGCCGGUGCCGGUGCCGAGGCCCAAAGCCAGAGCGGCUGCUGCCUCCCCUCUCAUAACCGACCAGUGAUCCACCACUAGCUUGCUACUCAAUAAUCGAUCAUUGCAUUGUGCCCUACUGCCCUUUGCUUCGAUGGGUACGUACGUGUUAGCGCUGCGCCUCUCUCGUGCUGCUACACCAACAAGCAAGGUGAGAAAUAAAAUAAAUAUAUUUCGCCUCCUCCACCCAAGCAGCUGAGCUCCGGUUGAAUAAUUCUUGUCCCCCUUGGUGUCUUGCUAGUUUUUCGGUUUUGCAAGAUGUAGGCAUGGCUGGUUGUUAGGCCAUGCAGUUUGUGGAGCUCUGAGUCGCGCUGCCUUCAGUUGUAAACUUUUCCUUUAUAUAUAAUUAAGCAAUGAUCAAGGGUGAAAAAUGCUGCUAAGUUUGCGGCACAAA